AUGCUGCUAAGAAGUGGCGCCGAUCCAAACUUAGCCAUCGAGGCGGACGGAUCGACGCCUCUGCACGUCAUCUGCCGGCGCGACUUUCGCGAUUCUCAAGACCUGGUGAAGUUGUUCGUCGAGACCAGCGAGGACGAACUGAAUCACGAGGUGCAGAUAGACGCCCGGGAUAAGUCGGGCAGGACACCGUUGCAUUUGGCACUGGAGCGCGACCUUCAAGCGGUGGCCGAAUCGCUGCUGAGGAACGGCGCCAGCCCGAAUGCGGCCGACGCGGAAGGAAUGACACCACUGCACAUUUAUUGCACGAGACGCGUCGACGAGUUUCGCUCGAUGGAGGCAUUUUUGGCCAUCUACGACAAAAUGUAUGAGGAUGUCCAGCUCGACGCGCGAAACAAUCUGGGAUACACACCGUUGCUCUUGGCUUUCGAGCGCAGGCACCACCAAGCGGCUCUAGUGCUGCUGAGGAGAGGCGCUGAUCCGAACAUAGCCAACGACGACGAAGUGACGCCGCUGCACUUAAUGUGCGAAAAAGUCAUCGGCGACGCGAGUUUGCGAAUCGAACUCAGCCAACGUUACCCGUUACAGAUCGACGCCCGGGACAAGUGGGGCAACACACCCCUGCACCGUGCCAUUGAAUCCGACAAUAUUCAUCUGGCCGCAUUUUUGCUGAAAAGAGGGGCCAGUCCGAAUUCGGCCAACGACAAAGGAGUGACUCCCACGCACUUGGCUUGCGGGAUCGACCGCGAUGUGCUGGAGCUUUUUUUUAAAGUCAACGACGACGUCCAGAAUGCGGUGCGGGUCGAUGCUCGGGACAAUAAUGGCUCGACGCCACUUCAGUGGGCCGUGUCGAAGCUCGUGCCCGACGCGAUCGAUGUAAUCUUGAGUCGCGGGGCUGACCUGUCUAGCUUCGUUUUUCCCGCUUUCGAUCGUUUCGACGAGUGCCUCGAAUCGCUGGACAUGCAUUAUCGGACGAAAUUGUCAGUAGCAUCUGGCCUUGUAGCCGUCGUCGAACGCCUCGAGGAAAAUGGAUACGAGCUGGACCGCAGCGACGCCCUGACGAUCAUGAGAUCAUUCGCCAAGUACGAAUUGUUAAAAAAAGAAGAUUACUCGUCGUGCUAUAAGGAGGAGCAUUUCACCAAAAAUAUAACGAUGAAAUCGAAUCUGUCGCUCUACGACCUGAUUCAAUUACCACCCAAACAGGCUGGAAAAUUAAUCACGCACGCGGACUGCAUGAAUUUCGCGCACUCCUGCCGAUUGGAGGGGAUGUCCGACGAAUUUAGAGCGAGGUGUUACGCGCAACUGUGCGAGAUAAUUUCGAGAAAAUUUUUCCUGGAGUGGGCUCUGGAUCCUUUGGUAGAGCUGUUACACUAUCGAUUGCCGAUUCUUUGCUGCGACAUGAUUGCGGAUAAACUGAAGAACAAAGAUUUGAUGAAUAUUUGCUUCGCGGCUGAACUGCUCAGAGCUCGGAGAAAUUGA